AGUUUAGAAUCACACAGCGAUACUUCUCGCAGCAGAGGCCUGAAUCCUGUAGAAGCUGAAGAAUAUGGGGAGGCACCCAAGGCUAAAAAGGAGGAUGACAGUUUGCCAAAUCAAAUAGCAAGUCUGGUGGAGAGAAAGCUUAAGAAACAGGUUCACCUAAAGGAGAUAGGAACAGACAGUACUGAUAGCGCUAGAGAAGAAAGGGUCUCACUAAGUAUAUGGGACUUUGCCGGACACGACAUGUACUACACAACCCAUCAGGUGUUUCUGACAUGGCGAGCCAUCUAUGUGAUAGUCUUUGAUCUCAGUAGAAGUUUGGAUUCGGUCGUUCCUCCUGAAUCCAGAGACAAGUAUUAUGAAAUGGCUAAAGGAGGUGCGAAAUCAGAACUGACAUGUCUAGAGUUCAUCAAUUUCUGGUUGUGUUCCAUCUUCGCCCAUGCUGUGGCGCCCUCUUCGGUCAGGAAUAAGGAUACGUCUAAAACCGCUCAGAAAUCACCACCAAUAUUCAUCGUUGGAACCCAUCGAGAAAGUGUGCAAGGAUACGCAAAAGAGAAAAGGGAAAAAAUUGGCUCUGCCUUUGGGAAGAUCCGUGAAUCCAUCAUGAGGAGACCGUUUGAAUGCCAUGUGGUCCCCAAGUAUUAUGCCAUUGAAAACAGCUUAGAGGACAAAGACGAAGAGCUGGUCGAAUUGAGGGAACAUAUUGAGAAAGUAGCGAUGGAAGAGCCUUACAUGGGAGAAGAGAUUCCACUGAGAUGGCUCUUAUUUGAGGAUACUUUAGCUGCAGAUAAAGCCAAUUACAUUUCAUUAGAUCAGACCAAGGAACUGACGCUGCCAUUCGGGAUGGAAUCAGAGGGUGAACUUCUCACGAUGCUGACCUUCUACCACGACCUGGGUUACAUAGUCUACUACGGAGGCAUUGAAGACCAGCAGUCUCUCCUACGAGACAUAGUGAUCCUGAAUCCUCAGUGGCUAAUUGAUGUCUUCAAGCAGAUCAUAACCAUCCUGGAUCCUGCAGAGAUGGAAGGGAUCGUAAGUGAUGCGUGGACCACUCUUGAGAAGGAUGGUAUCUUAGAGGAUAGGUUGAUUCAGCAUAUGUGGCAAGGCUUCUUGGAGCAGAAGGAGGCCUUAGUCAAGCUCAUGGCCAAGUUUGAUCUCAUCUGUGAGGCUCCGGCAGAACGACACCAGCAAGAGCAACAGGAUGGAGUAGACACUGAGGUAUCAAAUGAAGCACAGAAGGUGGUAAGGAAGCGCUAUUACGUUCCUUCCAGGCUGACGUCCCGUUGCUCCCCAGAAGAGAUUGCGCAGAUCACGUCAUCUACAUACUUUUAUGUGGACUUCAGGGGCUUCUUACCAGAUGGGCUGUUUCAUCGGUUGAUGGCGAGAGCAGUCAGAUGGAUGGAUGAAAGAGAUGGACAACCAGUGAAUCUUUUCUAUCGUCACAUCAGUCUAAUGGUCGAUGAAGAGCAUCAUGCCUUAAUAGAGAUGUUACCCCCUCAUGAAGCAACUAUCAAGGUCACUGUAUACCGAGGAGAGGUUGCUGAUUCUGAUCAUGAUGGGGAUAGUCAUAAACAACCAGCCCCAAGUGCUGUCAAAGAGGUGAUGGACUUUGUAACGGAAACCCUUGAUAGUCUUAGGCAGCACUGGGCUAGGAGGAUCGAGUAUGAUGUCCGCUUCAUGUGCCCGAGACUGAAGUGCAGUGAGAAGAAACUGCUUAAAAACUGCUUCAAGGAAAAGUCACUCAAGUGUGGACUACAUAGCAUCCCUACGGCUGCAACCAAGUUCAAGUUUGGUAUGAGUGAGGAAGGGGUGGAAAGUCCAAUAACUUGCAAGGAAAGCAUCGUACUGUGCGCCCUUUACUUCAGUUAUCUUGCAGAGCAGAUAGGAUCAGAAUGGCGUCUGCUCGGAAUCAGACUAGAAUUAAACCCAGCAGAUAUUGACCACAUCACAGAGGACAAUGUAACAGCAGUGUAUCGCAUCCUUGCUAUGCUACAACUAUGGAAGAACCGAUCGUCAUGUUCGGAUAAGAGGAAGGUGGAGAAGCUUUGCAUGGCCCUGAGCAGCUGUAAUAGGACAGAUCUUGCAGAGAAAGUAAAAAAGGAGGCAGGAAUCUGCUAGAUUUCACAUCCACUGGACAUUGUAAUAAACGACAGCUAGAUAACUCCUUGAGUUUCACCCUAGAUUUUUUCGGGAAGGCACUCAAUAUGACAGCUAGGGAUAUAUGGCCUAUUAUCACUUUAAUAAUGUUUCCUUCAAGUAUUGGUGACUAUCCGUUGAAUGAAUACACAUGGGCUAGAAUUGAUAUGAAGGUGCUUUCUGCACUGUUUGCCUGAUAUUAUGUGUCGUAUGUCAUGGUAUAGUGUUUCAUACACUUGAGGCUCAAUCUAAGAGUUCAAAUCUUGUCAAUACAUUAAUCCACAUUUGCCACCCAGGUGUAAGUGGGUACCUGCAUUUGCAGCUUGGGAAAAUAUAAUUGCAGGGCCCUCAGGAAGAACAGGAUUGAUGCUGAUGAGGCUACCCUGGGUAUAAACAUGAUUAUUAGUAUGUUGAUAUUCAUAUGCAUAUACAGUCUGAACAAAAACUUAAUCCUUGAUGGCGUAUCUUACGAAAUAAAUAAUUCAGGAAAAGAUAUUUGCCUUGAAGUAAACUUGAUCUCUAGGGAUUCUAAGAGUAAAGUGUUGGGAGGUGUCCAUGUCAAGUGCAGGAAUGUGCAGAUUGUAAUCAUGACAGAUCAUAAGAACUUGUGUGAGAUACUUGAUACAACUACAAACAAAUGUGAAAGCAAUGACCUAUUUAUAUAAAUGUAUUUUGUUAAAUAGCAAAGUCGUGUCACUUUCAAUUGGUCCCAAUAAUGAAAUCGAUUAUGAGAAUAUGAAUGGAAAAUUGGUAGAAUUUAGUAAUAUGAAUAUCCAAUGUCGUUCUCAUUAAAAAAAAAUCAGAAAAUGUUUUUGUUUCACAAAAGAAUACUAUUACCUAUAAGUUAAUCUUGCAUUACAAGUUAAAUUAAACAAAAAUGUGUAGUACGAAAGCUGAUAAGUUGCGUAGCUUACAGAACCGAUAUAACAUGUGUAUGUU